GAACAAACCUCAACGACGAGGGCAGCAUUCACCCCCGCCGAUCCUCGACCUGCACACCCCGCCGAUCCUCGACCAAAACACCCCGCCCUCCAUCUCCGGCGGUGGCGCCAACGACCUCCUCCGCAAGGCCAACUCCAGGAGUCCUACGGUGUUCUUCUGAAACCCUCUUAAGGAGCAGAUCGUCGUGAUGUUGAUCGGCGGCGUUUGGUCCGAUUAGGGAAGAAAUACUGCAAUCCUGGUUUCCGGAUUUGUCUGUUUGGAACAAGAAUUAAAAUCCUUUAAAAAGAUUUAACAACCCUAGACAUUAGUUGCAAUAAAACACCAAAAGCAUCCUUCCGAUAGUCCAUUUAAAGUUUAGCCUCAAAAUCUUAACUGUAGUCCGGUGCUGAAUCUGAUGUCUGUGGACUUGAGUAUCGAGCUUUUUAAUAGGUUGGUGAGACUCGCAGCCAGAGCCUUCUAUGAUGACAUUACAACUAAAGGCGAUAAUCAGCCAAAGUCAGGUAGAAGCGACAAUCGGGGAAUUGCUGUUGUGAUUCUAGAUGCCCUCACAAGGCGGCAAUGGGUGAGGGAAGAAGACUUGGCGAAGGACUUGAAGUUGCAUACAAAGCAACUUCGAAGGACACUACGUUUUUUUGAAGAAGAAAAACUGAUCACGAGGGAUCAUAGGAAAGAGUCAGCAAAAGGUGCUAAAGUAUAUAAUGCUGCCGUUGCUGCUGCCGUUGAUGUUCAGCAUAAUGGUAAAGAAGAUGAAAAAGUCAAGAUGCACACACAUUCUUAUUGCUGUCUAGACUAUGCACAGAUAUAUGAUGUUGUGAGAUACAGAUUACACCGCAUGAAGAAAAAGCUUAGAGAUGAGCUUGAUUGCAAGAAUACAGUUCAGGAGUAUAUAUGUCCGAACUGUGGGAAAAGAUAUACUGCUUUGGAUGCUAUACGGUUGAUUUCUCCAAAUGAUGAUUAUUUUCACUGUGAAAGUUGUAAUGGGGAGUUGGUAGCAGAGAGUGACAAGUUUGCAUCUCAAGGGAUGACAGAUGGAGAUGAUAAUGCAAGGAGACGUCAUCGUGAACAAUUAGAAAGCAAGCUUCGCAGAAUGGAGGAACAACUAAAACCACUGAUGGAGCUACUUGGUAAUCUAAAAGAGUUGCCUGUUCCGGAACUUGGAAGUCUUCAAGCUUGGGAAGCCCAUGCAAGUGCUGUGGCUCGUGGGGUGAAUGGUGAUUUUAAUGACAAUGAUCCCUUGAAAUUGUCACAUGGUGGAACACCUAUGCCUUUUGUUGGACAGACAAAGGUUGAUGUUUCUUUCUCUGGUCUUGAAGAAAAAGAUGUUAAAUCUGAGGGCUCAUCUUCACCAAAGAAAAAGUUGCCUCCAUGGAUGAUAAGGCAAGGAAUGAACCUCACAAGGGAGCAGCGUGGAGAGACUGUCAAGCAAGAAGAAAAGAUGGAUGGUACUUCAGGGGCCCAAGAAUUCUGCGAUGACAAGAAAUCCGAGGCUGGUAAAGUUGAUGUGAAGAAUAUUCAGGAUGAAUACAUUAAGGCAUAUUAUGCUGCUGUACUUCAGCGACAGCAGGAGCAAGUAGCAGCAGCGCAGAAACUAAAAGAGGAGCAGAAUGCGUAUGAUGCACCCAGUACAUCAACUGAGCGCCAAGUUGGAAUGAAAUCCAAACGUGAGGACGAUGAAGGAGAAGAUGGUUUUGAUUGGGAGGAAGGAAUCCCUGCAGCCGCAGGCAGUGCAUCCGGGAGCUUCAAGGUGGACCUAAACGUCGAAGCAGAGGCUAUAGAAGAUGAGGAGAAUGACGGCCUUGACUGGGAAGAAGGUUAAUUGGCAAAGUAGCAACAUUUAGCUCAACAUUUUUUUCAUGUUCGGAUAUCGGUUAUUGGGGUUUUCCUUGGCUGUUGUGGCUUUUAACAUUUUAAAGUUUGACAAGGGUGGAGAUUCGGAUAUUCGGGCUCUGUUUGAUUCAAUUUGGAAUUUUGGAAAAUUGGUUUGGUCAAAAUGUGACAUCUUUGCCAUAUAUUGUUGUAUACCAUCCUAGUAUGUUACAUUGAGCUUCCCAUAUUGAAUUCCU